AUGGACGUCGAGUCUGCUCCUGUCCAGACAUUGUCGCCUCCCGCCCGUUCGCACUCUGCUCCUGCCGCUCCUAUCUUGUCGCGCCAAUUUUCAUGGAACCCAACCGACGCUACUCACCUUGGCCCUUCGCGCAUUACAAUCACUCGUCUUUAUCAACGCGCCCCGAAAGCCCCAUACCAUCACCUACAGCCCCAACCUCGUCUUUCACAACCAACUCUUCCAAAGUCGCCUGGUCCUCAGAAANAGAAACGUUGUGUUGACCUCGAUGCUGGCCCGGACCCCUUUCACCCUCAAGACUCUUUCUCCGAUCCGAGCGACACUGAAGAUGCCAAUCCUAUGAUCCUCCAAGACUUGCGUUCCUCGUCAGCUCCUCCAGAAGACACCAACACCCCCGAACCCAUUCCCAAACCUCGAAUCUCAGAUGAUACUGCCAUACUCCAUGCCUUCCUCAGUCGCGCCGCUGCAAGCAAAAGACCCAUGGCCGCUCACAAACGCGAAUCCCUCGAAAAUCGCAGAGACUCGGAUGUCGUGCGUCAUGCCCUCGCUUCGACCGACAAGCCCGAAGUCUUGACCGAGCUCGAUCCAAACAGUCUUCCAUUGCCUCCAAAAGAACCUGCGGAUGACAUCAAGCAAGAACUCGAGACCACAAGGGCCGAGCCCGCUGUUGAGCUGCCAGCAUCGACACCGACCAAACCUAAGGCACCAAGAAGGACGACACGUACACGCACACCAGCUGCCGCUCCAAAGAAGCCAGCCAAGAUUGCCAUUAGAAGUGCAGCCGAUCACAUUGCGCUGAAGAGAACGGAGGCACAGGAGCUGGCCCUGCUCACGCGAUCAAAUACGCGCAAGAACAAGGGAAAGAGCAUUAUGCCUCAGGCUAGACUUUUGAACAUUGGUGAUGAGCUCGUUUCGUUGGAGGACCCGACCGAAGAAUCAGCUGAGACGGCUGUGGCUGGAACAGCGCAAGUUGAAAAAUCAGCAGCACGCAGGGGUGUGCAGUGGAACGAGAACCUCACCCACGUACGAGAGUUCGAAUCGGAUUCACCUGACAGUCCGCCAAAGACAAAGGCUCGUACUUCAAGAGUGUCUGCCAGAGCCUUGGAGCCAUUUGUCCCCCUUACAUCUGCCGAGGAGCCUAUCGAGGAGGUGGCUUCAGAGUCUGCCGAGAUGGAAACCGACACCACAGAGCCCGAAGCACAACAAGCAACCCAGCCACCAAGCGAACCAACACCACGAGCUAAAGCAGUGCCUGUCAAGAGAAAGUCUCGAAUUGCGACGGCUGCGCGUUCUUCCAAACUUGCUGUUCCCAAGCCAGUAUCGACAGCUCCACUAUUACAGCCAACAACAUCUGCACCACAGCCCUCCGAGCCUUUGACCACCAGUUUGGGAACGCCUAAAAAGCCGCCUACCCCGUUCACUGCACUCAAGGCUCCAUCCUUGUCUUCUAGACUCGAAUUUGCUCCUCCAAAGAACAAUGUCGCGGGUUCGGCAGUUGCUCACACGUCUUCCCUGCCUGGAUUGUCAAGCCCCGCAAAGAAGCGAGUCAGGACCACACUGGGAAAAUCAGCGGUGAGGCCGGCGACUGGACAAAAUGACAGCGAGUUGCCAGGCUUGACAUCCCCGGCGAAGAGGAAAAGAGCUGGCGUCAAGUCAUCUUAG